GAGGGUGGAAGGUAUUAUGUAAUUAAGGUUUCAGCCAGUCGUAUUUUAAGACACAGUAUUAAAGAUAAACAAGCGAAUGAACAAGGCGUUCCUCGCGUAAGUCGAAAGAGCGGCUUGCCAUAUGAGGAAAGCUUGAAUUUUUUAUGAAUUGGCGGCUGUCCGAUCGCUGGAAGGAAAUCGUUGCUGGUGGCUGCGCAAGUGGUAACACAAUGCAUCUAAAGUUAGGAUUCAAAUUAGCUUUAAGCGCCAGUUAUUGAUAUGCAAAUCCAGACAUGUAGUUGCACGGUUCGAUUUCCUCGAAGUGCAUGAAAGACGCCUAUUCAGCCGGCCCAGACCAAGCCGAUUAAAUUUCCAGUGGGUUUGUUGUGGUGCCUGUGGAGAUGUAGUUGCUUCUUGGUCAGUAUAAAUUCUUUAUUUUCGUGAUCCCGUUGGGUACGUUUUGUGAGAUCGCGGAAGCCGUUCUUUCUUUUAUCAUGGUGUUCAUGGCGACGAUUUUAUCUCUCGGUGAUCACGCUGGUGACAUGCCUGACAAUCUUCAGCUUGCAGACGGCGAAAUAUCCAUCGCCUUCUGGUCUUUCGUGUUUGUAUUGCUUCUCAUUGUAACCGUGUGGUUUUACAUCACACAAAUCGCGCCCAUGCGAAGGUCUGUGUGUCAAGUCGAAGAGGAAGUUGACAAAGAAGAAGAGGUCGCAAAGAGAAUUCUUGAACAUUUAAGCAAUGAUUUGCGGUUUAAGAACGAAAAGUCGAAAGAUGAAGGCUCUGAAAAUACUUCUCCUGUUCAUCUUACGAAAAUAACAGAUUCCAGCAUCUAUGAGUACGUAGACGACGAAAUUCAUAUUCAUUACUCGCAGUACGCAUGGGAUGAUGACAGUUACAACACAAAUGAUUUUCCAGUUGCGACUGGAACCGCUCGAAGACAUUCAAUGGAAAAUAUGGACCUUAUUUUUCCCGGGGUUUUACCGAGUAUUGUUGAAGAAGAGGAAUUAGAAGAGGAAACUGACACCGAUGUCAGUGAGAAAUCACAAGAAAGCGGCGAUUUUGAUGGUGAUCAAUAUGUGGGGGACUUAACUAAUUUUCCUACGAUUUACAAGCCUAACGGUAACAACAAUGUGGAGUCAAAAAAUAGCUUACUAAACAAGGAGCAAAAUAACCUUGAGUGCGACGAUAUAAAUAUUGUCAUAUCUUUGGACAAUCAGGAGUUGCAAGCGAAAACCUCAGGUACGAAACAAGAUCGCAUGUUAAAUGAUGAUCCGCACGGUAACAGCAAUCACUCGCUGUACUCAUCGGCGGAAGAAAACAACGUACUGAACAUUAAUUCGUCAAUCGAAACUGCAACGAGGCAGCAAAAAAACGGCUCUUCGUUUUCUUCCCGGACUAACAAUAUUACUCAAGCAGAAAAUACAAAAAACUGCAAAAUUAGCACUCCAACUGCAGAGCCACGUCACAGCAACAAAGAAUUCGAGAGCGUGAUGGCAAAAGUAGAUUUCACUUCCGGUAGCGUCGACACUAAUUUAGACAAAGACGACAACUGCUCACAAAUCAUCCCAGGAAUAUCGCACGACGAUAUGAUCGAACAAACUUCAGUGUUUACAUUAUCUAGCUCUGACCUUAAGCCAAGUUUCACACAAGAUGCAAAUGAGUUUGAAGAACAUGAAGUUAAAAUAUGCACAUCUAACAUGCAGAAAAUUUCCUGUGUCGCCGAGGAUCAACAUUCCACACAUGAUUUCCGCUUAAAACAUGUAACAAAUCCAGAACAUGUUGUGAACAACAACCUUUCUGAAGAAGUGAACAAAGUUGUUAUGGAACACACCGGGGGAUUAACAGGUAGAAGUCAAGUCGGAGAACUCCUUUUAUUAAAUGGCUUUGGCGAUGACAUAGCUGAUUCUAAUGGCCACACAACCCACGCUUGGACAUUUUUUGCUAUGUCGGGUGGCGAUGAAACAACGACGCCAAAGAAGACAAACUUAAAGGAGGACGUUCAAUCCGAUAAAAUGGAAAUUCCAUCAAUUAUCGUUGACUCUUAUGACGAGAGUUUACCGAUUGAUAAGUCGAUUAUUGAUGUGGACUCAAAGGUUGCCAUGAAUGGACAUCAAAUAACCACGCAGUAUGGCGAUUCCUUUGAAACUGACAUUGAUAUUGAUGAUAUUGAUUUGAGCGAAAGUGAUAACUUAGACAACGAAGGUGACUUUAGCAUUUAUUUUAAAAGACACGUCUCUGUUACAGACUUAGAUAAAAUUCUGUCAGAGGAAGGACACGAUAAUGUAAACUGUAAUGCUGGCGAUGUUUUGGAAACAGAUCUGUCAAUGGAAGACCUGCAAGGAGAGCAAACUGAAAUCGACAUACCAAGGACUAGUAAUGAGGUAUUGCAAAAGACGGAAAUGGAUAAUACGCGUUCAACGAUCGAGAAAACAUACAUGGAAGACGAAAUGGACACGAGUAUUGAAAAGUCUGUUAUUGUUAGUACUACAUUAAGUGAUAAUUUAGACAUGCAAGCAGCAAGCGAUGAGGACCUUGAUGAUACCGACUCAAGCGAUGAUCCCCUCCCUAAGAGUUACACGGUAGAGUCGUUGUUUGACGAUGUUUCGUUCCAAAAGGAUGGUGUUUAUGGUGAAUUAGUCCUGUCCCAGCUUAAUGAAAAUCAUGGCAAUAAACGGGACGAAAGUAGUUUCGAUCCUCAUGGUGACGAUUGGCACGGAUUUUCGGAGGAAAUCAGGCGUGGGCGAAAACCAUUUCUUUUUACAAUUCCCGAGGACGAUGAGAUUGGACUCGCAGAAUUUGACAGCAUCAUAGAAAACUGUUUUGUUGGAGCAAUGGAUAAUCCCAUUUAUGAUAAUGAGGUAACCCGUACCGAGGCAAUCGAGCAAGAGAAACUAUUAAAUGCUCCUAUAGCUACAGUGGAAACUUUUGACUCUGAUCUUGAUCUAGAUGAAGUUGAAGAAAGCAAUAAAUCUGAAAAAGAAAAAUAUGAAGGAGAAGCUACUGAGAAAAAGCAGACGCUGGAUUUUGUCGUGACAAAUGACGCUGAAACGGAAAUAGACAAAAACGAUGGCGUGACGGAGGGCAAGAACAAAAGCAAUGGCGUGACUGAAAAAAGUGGGAACAUUGGUAUUCCAAACGUCGAACAAGGAACAGUAACAACAAUUAAAACUGACUUUGAUCUUGAGGAAAUGAAACCUAGCAAUAAUUCCGACAUAGAGAAACACCAUGUAGAAACCGCUAAGGAUGAAGAGAUUCUGGAGAACAGAACUGAUGAAAGCGUUAGUGAAACUACAAACAGAGUUGAAGGCGUGAGGAAUCUGACGGAGGGCAAAAACAAAGACCCUGAAGAAACUGAUCCUCAAGUGGACGUUUCCAAUAGAAAUGACGUGAUUCAAAGAAGUGGGAAAAGUAGUGAUGAAAAUGUUGAGACUAAAGACGGUCCAAGGUCAGUGAAAAUUGUGAAGAAGAUCAAAAUAUUUGUCAGGAAAGAGGUCACCGUUGCUGAAGAGGGUAAUAUUAUGGAGGACGUAGUUGUAGGUGCAAAGCAGGUCACUGAGGAUGUUGCGAUGAAAGAAGUGGAUGAAAAGAUUAUUCUCGCGUGUCGCGAAGCCAGUAACAAUCAUCCAUACGAUGUUGUAAAAUCAGAAAUUCGCCCAGUUGAUCAGUUUAUGAAGUGUAUGACCUUUCAUGACGAAAAGUGUAAUUAUACAGAGAUCAAUGCCAAGGACUUGGAGGUCGUAACCAAGACAGAACAGUAUUUGUCUAAUGAACCCGAACUCAAAACAGUGUCACGCAUGGCUGAAACUCAAGGCUCAACCGCACGUCAGCCUCUUGUUUCUGUCGACGCGAAUGGCCUGGUAGAAACCGUUGAUGACACAAUAGAGGCUCAAGUAUUACCUAUGGAGGCUCAAGAUUCAGAGGGUGAAAUUAAGUAUGUUUCCGUCUCAAACAAUCAGGUAAAUACCAAAGCAGGGCCUGCCUUGAAAGUCCUGACUGAAAAUGCCGAGACUCUCUUGGCACCCAUGAAUGUCCAUGCUCUUGGCAGCGAGGUCACCCAGUUUUCAACUCAAAACCCCGUAGAAAAUAAUAAUGUGGCGAUUGGCGUAGGACGGAAGACAAGAGUCGUAGCUAAGACCAUGGAGACGGAAAUGUCACAAGUGAAAGCCCAGGAAGGUACCACCUCUCGAGAUGUUAGGCCAGCAGCAAAGGGAAUAAAUAAAACGACAAAAAUUAAUGUUAAAGAAAAAGCAAGUAAGACCGCUGAAGAUUCAAAUAUGAUUGUCUCGAUGCACCCUUCUACUCAGUCUCAGGAGUGUUCUUCCGUAAAAAUAAACGUUGCUGACGUUCGAGGAAAACUUACAAAAAUUGGAAACAGAGAAAACAAGCAGGUAUGGUCUUCCAGAGUAUCGCCCCCAACAGCUUUGGAAAAAGAACCUCGUAAGGUAUACCUUUCCUCUUGCAAUAUACGCCUUACCAAAAGUCAUGAAGAUCUUAGACUUGUUGAAAGAACGCCUGGAAGAAAACAAGAAAGUAUUGAAGAGGAAGAGGUACCUGACACGCAAUCGUCGCAAAGUGAAGGCUCGCCAACGCCGACGCCCCCGGAAUUGAACCGUCCUUUCUUAGAGGAUGAUGUGUUCAAGUCGGUUGAACCUCCCUCUGUUCACACGGCAAAAAUUACUGUUCAAGAGGUUUUAGGUGACAGGCAAAGGAUUGUAAUUCUGAAUGUGAAGAAGAAAGUUCAUGGCAAAGCAAGAUGGAAGUCGCUUAAUGACCUUGACUCUCUGAAGAUGGCCUUGUCUCCACGGCGAAGUAGCGAUUUAGGAAUAGGCUUUGCAGGUGUUCCCGAGGAAGGAGAAAUAAUCGAAGAAAACAACAUGAAAAGUGAGAAGAAAGCUUCUGUACAGAUUGUACCUGUCGUCGAAGUAAAAUCUCGGCGAGACCGCAGAUCCCUGCCUGAGAUUCAGCCUACAGGGCAACUUGUCAAGGCACCUGUCCUCAGUGCAACUGCUCAACAAAGUUGUGAGACCCUGACAGAAAGUGAAGUUGAAAAUACCUCCAAAGAUAGCGUUAUGCCUGUAUUACACGAAGAACCACUGCAAAAUUGUCAACCUGUGAUAGAAAAGGAAACACAUGCCUAUUCAAAGUCUAAGCUGCCCAUAAUUAAAGCUACAGCAGUGCAGAAUCGUGAAACCGGCCCUGGAAGUAUGAAACAAUCAGAGAUAUUCAAGGCUACUGUUACAUCAACAGUUGAAGAGAACCUUUUUAAAACUAGCAAAACUGAAGUGGAGGCUAAUGUUAAGGUGGAGAAUCAGCCUGAAAUAAAAGCGCGCGUUUCACGAAUAUACCCAGAAAAAGUUAACAAACCGUGGAUAGGUAGCGCAUUGGUUGCAGAAGAAAGUAUAGAAAAUACCAAACCACCGAAAAGAAUAACCCGUGUGCAUGAUAUAUCACGAGGUGAAAUUAUUCCAAAAUUAGAGAAAGAGACCGUGACCAAAAUUGCAGAUGAAACCACCAAAGGAAACAAGAUCAAAAUUCACGUAUCUCAUCGGUUAUCGUCGCCAGAUAUGAAGAUGGAUAUUAUCCAGCCUCGCGUAACUCCUUUGGUAGAAGAUGUCCUGCAGAAAGGGCUGAAAAUCGAAAGUGGUGCACCAGAGAGAUCUUCUACGUUAGACGAUAUUCGGCGGCAAGAACGUGAAUCUGGGUACGGAAGCUUGGGCCAAAGUCCGUCUGCGUCUGUGAAUACACAAGUAAAUAGUGUUUUUGUUCUAGAGGGAGCCAACGAGCGGAGCAUAAGCAGUCUUAGCAGUAUUGAUGACGAGGAGUUCGGAGGAGAAACUCUUGGAGAGAGUAAAAUUAUGGUUACAGAUCUGGAUGCCUUGUUAGCUCAGCAAGGUGUUCAACCGCCAGCUAGUUCGGACUUAAAGAAACCAGAGGUAAAAGAAAAAGUUCGAGUUCUGGCGCGUAUGGAACCGGUUCCAGAAAAGGUUGUUCGAAUCAACAAAGAGGAAGACAAUGAUGGCGUGGUUAUUCGGCACGUCAAACACGAAGAACCUAUCGUUGUACAACCAAUCAUCAUAGCUGACACAGCUGAGCAGGAGGAAUCUCAAGUGAUUUCUGCGUUCUUAGUCAACGAUGGAUACGAUGAUGAUGAGCUCGACGAAGUAUUUUUGGAGGAGUACACGCCGUAUCACGAACCUGAUAGGUCCUCCAGUCGCACACACAGCAGCGAUGCAGAUUCAGAAACCUCAUCUGUAAGCAGCUUACCGCUUAAGCAUCGACAUCGACAAACAAGGGCAGCACUCGAAGCUGGAAAGGGUGGAAUGAGAAAUCGCACCGAAUCUAGUGGUUCGUCUAAAACAGCUACCCCUGUUGCCGAGUUAGAGAAUGAGGGUGCAUCAACUUCUUCUAGAUCAAACACGCCCAAAAGCAAUGGGUACGAGAUCUCGCGGGAGGAAUCGUUUGCAUACCACUCACCUGAACAAAUGCAUAACGUGAAAAUGGAGAAGCCAAGGGACUUUACCUCUGCUUUUACUCCCGCUUCCCAAACAGCAGAAUUUCGGCGUCCACGAGCAAGGUCACACGGUCAUAAGUCUGACGAGGAACUUGUUGUUCAAAACAGACUUCUCGGAGAUAGUUUCCAGGACGUUAAGACAUUUCCAGGGCUCAAUAUUGACAAAGAACGCUUCAAGGAGGCCGCUGAUAGUCGCAAAUCAAUGCCUGAUCUGUCUGUUAGAAAAGAUCAAACGAUAAGCGACUCACCAUAUCUGCGCGGACUAAGUGCACACACUCGCAAGUGGCUCAGUCAGAAUGUUUGGAUGGAUCCAAGUGGGCAACAGGAGGAGGAAGACCUCAUGACUUCAGACAUGUUCUUGUACCCGUCCAAUCGCUUUCAGCCAGGAUCAAACAUUGAUGCUAGUUUCCUAUCGUUAGCCAAUGAAAGAGACUUUCCUGAUGAUAUUUCGGUGUCGACGUUAUCAACUCGUCCUCAAAGCCCAAUGUCAGAGUUUUCGUUUGCUGGGGAGACACCCUACUGGGGACUUCGUAGAGGUUCAACAACCGUGAUCAAGUGUUCGAAUCCGCGGUGUGAAAGGGAAGAGAUUUUGUUUACCGGCGAGAAAACCACCUACACUUCUUGUCCUGCUUGUUUUACCUACUACUGUGCGCGUACUUGUAGACGUAUGCACUGGUCUGAACAUAAGAAAGUCUGCUUCUUUGGUCGAAUAAACAGUUAUAUUCGUUCGUUUAUUUACCUCUGUCAUAAGAAGGAGAGUCUGAAAUUCCAGCUUUCUCAAACAGCUAAAGAUGGCUACAAAAAGAAGGGUCGUGGCAGUGUUAUGGUGACAUUUGCUUCUGCACAGUUGGCCAGAAAGUUCAUGACUAGCGGCUGCACAUUUUUCCCCAGCCCUCCAACGUACUCCUCAUUAGUUAAUGUCCGUGCAGAAGGAGUCAUCAGUAAACAUAAGAUCUCGUUAAUGCAGCACGUCCAAGACUACCAACCCGAGGAAGAAUUUGUUCUUAAUCUCGCUAUAAUUGCUGGUAAAAUGGAGGAUCUUCCCGCCAAUCCUGUGCCGCGAAGGAAAGUUAGUACUGUCCUUCAAGUAAUUAAGAUUCCUUUAAGCAGUAAACUCAAAGAAACGCCACCUGCGGCUUCUCUUCCAAAUGACCCGAAUACUGAGAUAAAGGUUUUCUAUCUUCCGAAGUGUUCUCGCCACGAAUUUGUCACCGACAACGAAGCCCGCAGGCAUUACUGCAGAAACAUUUCCAAGAAUCUGAAGCAGUAUGGAAUUCGACUGAAACAUGACUAUCCGGAUGUGUAUGAGAAGCUUUGCCGGUAUGUGGAUCAAAAUAUUCACUUCACUGAACCUCUCACGGUGUACGGAAACCAUGGAAAAAAGAUUGUCAUGUGUAAAAUAAUGCCUGAGACUGGGAAUGAAGCGACCAAGACUUAAUACAGCUGUUGAAGGUGUCAUCAGGUAAGGCUGGCCUCUUCGUCAUUACAUUAUGGGUUGGGUCACCUCGUAAUCGUAAUCAUAUCGGCACGAAGGCACCAUUCCUAUUUAUACGCUCCGCAAUUUAUUUGGUGCUUAACUUUGAACUAUCAGAAUACAAAUUUAUGGUUGACUUCACAGAUAAUUUGUGCGUGUCUUCUUUAGCAUAGCGCACACCCCUUAAAAGGUUUAUCAGGUCGUUACGUAUGUGAAAGCCGCGAAAAUGGUACGGAAGAAGCUAUGAAGAGAAAAGAAAAAGAAACGAUCGCGAAGUUCUAAAGAUUUCUUUUGGAGGAAGUUAUAUUUCAUUUUGGCACAUGUCUGUCAGUUAAGAUCGUCAGUAACUGUUUUUGACUAACUCCCUGCAGUUUGCUGGCCUAUUUUUUUAGUCCUGUAUUAUUUUGAACAGACAAAUGGAAUUUAUUAUUAUAGAGACUAGCUGAUUGUUAAGAUAUCAAAUUUCAAUAAUAGAUACGCUUUUUAAAAUUAGUCUUUAAAUAAGAAAGUAUCUGUUACGUUUUAUGAGAUACAAUAUUUGAGAUUAUAAAAAGGUACGUAAUAUUGUAUAUAGAUGAAGAAAGGAUUUUCUUCAUUAUUAAAUUUAUUUUUUCCUCUCUAAUUUAGGUUUUCUUUGCCUUCAUCCAUAUCAUAUCACGUGUACCAUAAAAUAUUUAGUGGCAACUGAAGUUUCUUUGUUGUAUAACUUUAUUUUAACGUUUUUUGUUUUUCAGACCUUAUCAUCUAACAACCCCAUUCUAAUCCUUGCAGAGCAGACUCGCUUCUAUUCAACGACGCGACGCGGUUAAGGUGGCUUACUGUCUUGAAGAUUCAGUCUCGCUGAAGGGGAAAAGUCGUAUUAGGCCAAAUACGCCUCCUGAAGAAGCAUUUUUAUAACUAAACAACUUCCUAUCCGAAUUAGUUGCUUAUUUAGAGUAUCUGUUUAUCGGUUGUAUCAAUAGCAAAUUGCACGAAUGGACGAUUAGUUUUAAUUGGCUGUUGCAGCAAAAAUUUCUUUUGCGAUAAAACAGUUUGCAUUAGUUAUCGGACAGGCGAAAUCGGUCAGUUAAACAGCUAGUGAAGAUUUAAACUGGAAAUACCUAUCCUAACCUAUUUUAACCAAUCACAAUGAAGGAAAAAUCCUGAAUUAGAGCUUCAGUUUGAGAAUUAACUUGUCCUAAGUUUAUGUAAUAACUGACAAGAGAUAUUCAUUACUCAGAGUUUUUCUUAUUCUGGCAUUGAUACAACUAGAAGCAUAUAACUUACCUUUGUCUGGUAGUUCAGGGAUAAUCGUGUUCGUGAUUUCAAAUCACCCCAUUGUUCCGGGAAUGCCUUUCUCAGUCCAUUACUUCACGUGGUCGUUGUUAUUGAAAUCCAAAGGAAAACUCAUAUGAUUUCAGACAUAAUAAUCAUGCAGAUGUUUUAUCUAUACAAGAAACAAGAAAUGAUUAUGCAACAAUAUCAAUCUAAAUAGAUGCCGUUUGGAUUUCAUGAAGUUUUCCCUUUAGAGCACAGCAGCAAACGUUUGAUCAUACAUAUGACUUUCUAGCGGUUUUUAGGGUUAGUGACUCCAAAAAAUAAUUUAAUUUUUCACAUGGUUUUUAGCAUUUUCCGUUAAACAUCUCUCAAAACAAACAGGCUGGGUCGUUUAAACGCAAAAUAGCGCGAAUGAUGACAGAUCAGACAAGGAUUACAACUACGAAACGUAGCCAACAGGAUUGUCGUAAUGUACAUGCUUGCGCAAUCUUACUAUUCUGCUUGUCUUUUAUCGUUGAUGUAUCCAUUACAGGGACGUUUGCUUACGGGUUGAUAUUCUUAGUAACGAAAUAAGGACAUUUUGAAUUCGUAUAACAGAUGUUGUUAGGCUUGCUUUCCAUAUUAUCGACUGGAUCCUUCGAAUCGUCUCAAAAUACGUUCAAGUGAUACAGACGACCACAUGGGAACACCUCUAAUUUGAUGCGCGCCGACGUUACGAACCAUUGUUUCCACCGGAGCAAUUCCCUGGAUAGGACCGCCGCAUAUACAGCUAUUUCUAGAAAGGUUGUCGGAAAAACUGUGCACGCGACAAUCCAAAAAGGUAAUAUGGGAUAUGAUCAAUACACUGUUCCUGACACUGUAGCUGUCGAACCUACUUUUAUUGCUUUCCUUUAGCACUAGGAAACAUACGUCCAUGGCCUCUCUUGCCAUUGUUUGAAAUUUCUUUACAAAACAGUGAACUAAAAACCACCCACGAUACUUUCGGGAUUGUCGCGUGCACUUUUUCCGACAACCUUUCUCGAAAUAGCUGUAUCUACAUUAUCUUACAGUCGUCAGUGAGAUGUCCAUCGUCUCAAUGUUUUCAAUAGUUCGAUACCGAAGAUGUUGACGAUAAUAUGGAGACCAGGUUUGAACAAUUUUUAUUUAUUUAGCAUGAAUAUAGUAGUAUUUGCAUCCAGUUUAGGAAGAGAAUCUGUGCAAAAGUGUGAAAUUGCUAUACAUAAACGCAAACAGAGUGAACAUUUACAACUGUAGACUCGAUUAACAGCCGCUAAGUGCUCUUGCGAGAGCAGGAAUAAAACUGGACCCGGCCCUUAAACGGGUGGAAAUCCGCGGCGAACCUAUCCUGGGAUUAACUUAAUCAUUUUGAUGCAUUAACACUUGGUAACCUUUGAAACAUGUAUAUACUAUUGUCUAUUUACCGCCCCGCUGUCGUCAAGGCAUACAUUUUGAAGUAGCUAGCUAUCGAAUAGUUUUUAUUUAUGUGUAAAGACGAUUGCUGUGUAAUCAUUCCUUUAAAUAACAUUGGUUAUGGUAAAAUAACACGUAAAUAAAGUGUUACUGUGAUCGAUUUAUGGGUUUAAAACAAUGUUGUUUUGGCGACAUCUGAGACGAAGUCACUUUUCGAGGGGGUAGAUGUGGGGUAGAAAAAGGGAGCUUACCCCCUAGUUCUUGAUCGUAAAAAGGCAAUUAAUCAAACACGCUUAUUAUUAUUAUUCAGUUUUUUUCUGUUUCCACAAUCAAAGUUACAAAAAACUGACCCGCAGCGCA